AUGCGUGCCUCGCGACGUGCUUCAACUUUGGUCGCAAAUUCCAUCAUCUCUGCAGUCUUGCUUGCGGACACCCUCUUCACUGUCGUCCUUUGUCUACCCCGAUCAUCCGGAGCCAGCGCAUUCCUGGCCCUACUGACACGGGAUAAGUUGAGCGGCACACCGGCUGUUACGAUCACCCCGACCUUUCUCGCCGGUGUCUUGCUCGUCACCGUGGGGACACACGAGCUCGUGACUACCGGCCCUUACUCAGUUAUUCGCCAUCCGGCGUAUCCUGCGCGAUUUGCCGUCCUUUUGGGCGCGUCUAUGUGCACUUUUCGCAGCGGAUCGUGGUGGAAGGAGACGGGCCAGGGGAACGUGAUGAUGGGGAGGCUCGUGUUGGCGGCGUGGAUGGCCAUGAUAGCCCGGGAUGUUGUGGUUCUUCUAUUCGUGAUGAUACCCAGGGAGGAGAAGAUGUUGCGCAAGGCGUUCGGAAAGCAGUGGACGGACUGGGCCUCGCAAACGAGGUAUAAAAUGAUACCAGGUAUCUGGUAG